GCCAAUCAGUUUACCUGUGUUAAAAUUUGAAUUUGAUUUGAAAAAAAGAAACAACCAAACCGAAAAACACCAAAAACAAAGCAAAACCAAAAAACAACAAUGCCCGAAAAUAAUCUAAUCGAAUUGAUGGCACAAGCCGAUUCAUUACGUAUGAUACAACCAGAAGGAUCAUUUGAAUGGUUUGAUGAAAUAUUACCAAAAGCCAGAAAAUUAUUACAACAAAUUCAACGUGAACAAACUAUUGAUCCGGAUUGUAUGAAAACGAAAAUAUUUAAUCAAGUACGUGAUUGUUGUGAUACAUUAUCCAAUUGGAUUAGACAAUUAGAACGUACACGUGAUGAAUUGGAAAAACAAAAAGGUCAAAUACUUAAAAAUGAAAUGAAUCGUUUAUCAAUACAUAAUGGUGCAUAUAGUUCGUUUCGUGGUUUUUUUGGCAAAUAAUCUUUCUUUAUUGAUCAUCAUCACCACUAUUGCCAACGACAAUGUUUUUUUUAAAAAG